AUGGACGGUCCAGCCCUCGUGCCCGACGAUGUGCUCGACCCUCUACCUCCGCCGCCGCCGCGGCUGUUCGAACGCCUUCGCCAGAUAGCUGGGUAUAGCUGGGAUGAAUCGAUGCCGCCCUUCCACUCAACAUAUGACUUUUGGCACGUCUUCGGCACCCGAUAUGUUUCUCCCUCGCUACCCCCCUCCACCUCAUCGCAGAACGCUUCCAGUCCCGGCUCCGUUUCCAAGCUUCAGUCCGGUCGCCCAACUCCCUCCGAUCAUGGCGGCCCGCUCUCCAGCUACAGCUUUGGCUACAGCAGCGAACCGCCCGCCUCUCCACAACCUACUGCCCACUCCAAUCCCCUCGCCUCACCUUCUACCGAUGCAACAUAUAUCGAAGAGUCCGUCGUGGCGCGCGUGUCGCACCAUGCCCUCCGAGAGGAGAGGGCCUUCCAGAUCGCCAAGAGCGUCUCCAACACGGCCGACCCCAACGGCGACCAUAUAGUAAAACCCCUUGAUUUGAUCCGGCUAAGCCCGGUGACUGGCGACCGCGGGGCUAUCGUCGUGGCCAUAUACCAGCACCCGGGCCCCAAUCAACUGCUUGAUCUCUUGGACAUGGGGCCGGCCUUUUAUCAUGCGCGCAAAGACGGCGAUGCAUACCGAGCUUACUACAGCAGACCGACCCUUCAGCCCCCCAUAAAGCUUGAACUCUUCCUCGACUUUGCGAUUGGUGCGACCCAAUGCUUGGAGAUUCUCCACCACAGCCGAGGCAUGGUCCACGGAGAGAUUCGGGGAGAUGCGUUCCACUUCAACGCCGAAGAAAACAAGGUCCGGGUCAUGUCCUUCGGAUCCGGCGUCCGGUCCUUUGAACAUGGCUUGACUAGCACCGGCUGGUCGAUGCUCUCGAAAGAGUUGGGGGGCAGGAACAAGCUGCUCUUUAUCAGCCCCGAACAAACUGGUCGCAUGCCCGCCGAACCCGAUACCCGUACCGACAUCUACUCGCUCGGUGUUGUCUUCUGGACCCUCCUCACUCAACAGCCCGUGUUCACUGGCGAAUCAGCUCUCGACAUAGUCCAGGCAGUGCUCGGCCGCAGAAUUCCCAAUGUCGCGACCGUACGGAUGGAUAUACCAGAUGUCAUUGGGCGGGUUAUCCAGAAAUGCACGGCCAAAAAUGUUGCUGACCGAUAUCACUCGGCCAGCGGGUUACGCCACGAUCUAAUCAGCAUUAAAGAGUACCUUGAAGAUGGCAACUCAAAAGCUCUCAAGGAAUUCAAAAUCGGCACGAGCGAUGUCUCAUCCUUCUUCAUGCUUCCGACUUCCAUGAUUGGUCGGCAAGAGGAAAAGGCCGCCGUUCUCAGGGUUAUCAACCGUGUUGCCAGGAGCCAUGCUGCCCUUCGUAAAGGCCCUACCAGCAGAUUCUCGGAUGGAGCUAGCCUUACCGAGAUGAUGGCAUUUGACGACAUCUCCAGCGAAGGCGGUGCCAGUUCAAUCGAUGGUCACAACCGCAGGAGCGGAUCGUUUGCCCAAACAAUAUCGUCCGAGACUAGAGCAACGAAGAACAACUUCUUCCCCACAGUUAUAUCAGAGACCAUGACCUUAUCAACUGAUACCACCUCUUCAUCCCAAUCUACUGCUGCCGCGUAUCCUAGAUUUACGAGGCCAUGGGAACGAUGGGAACGGCAUCAGUCUAUUUCCUUGGGUGCGUCUAGUCUGUCUCGGCAGCUUGGCUCGUCCAAAUUUCGACGUCAUGGGCACUGCGAAGUCAUCACUGUUGAGGGUGCCGGAGGCGUAGGAAAGAGCAUUUUCGUGCAGUCAGUGCUGGCUGACGCUCGGCGCAAUGGCUACUGCGCUACGGCCAAGUUCGACACUGCAAAGAGGGCGCCCUUUGGACCGUUGCUGAAGCUGUUGUCGUCGCUUUUCAAACAGGUGUGGGGCGAAAGGGAUACGAAUACUCAGUUUCACCAAGGCUUGAAGCAGUACAUUCGUCCGGUAUGGCCAAUGCUGCACAGAAUCUUGGGGCUGCCCGAGUUUCUACUUGGCCCACCCGACAUGAAUCUUGCACGGCCAAUCUCCUCGUCUCAGAGCUCAGCCUCGCGCAAGGAUAUCCGACCGGUGCUAAAGCGCAGAACAUCAUCCCCUGGAACCGAAUCUCCCGGACCAUUGCAGCGAAAUCUGGCGGGUGGCGGAUCCCAAUCGUCCCAAGACUACCUCCGUGCUGGAGCCUCGACCAAAAGCACGCGUCUGAUUAACACCAUCCUAGAUGUGCUCAGGGUUUUCACCACCCACAAAUUCAUCUGCUUUUCCGCUAGGAUGAAAAUGGUUGUCAUCGUGACUUACAGACCAGAAGAACUUUCACCUGCCAAGCUUCAGGCUGUUGUACAGCCGAUAGAAGUAGACGAAUACCCUCGCAGCUCACGGACGCAGGUAACGAGAAUCGUACUGAAUCCCCUUAUUAUUCAGUCCAAGACAGCCGGCAACCCGUUUUACAUGCGAGAGAUGCUCAGCGCCUGCCACAGGAAGAGGUGUAUCUGGUAUGAUUACCGCGACAGUCAAUGGCACUAUGACAUGGAUAGACUAUUCGCCCAGUUUCAGGGCGAGAAAGAUUACGACGUUUUGGAUACCGCAUUCAUUACCCACCGAUUGGGCGAAUUACCGUCAGCUGCUCGAGCGGUGCUUGCUUGGGCGGCUCUCCUUGGGGGCUCCUUUUCGUUUGAGCUGCUAUGUCGGCUCAUGAGUGGAGAGUUUGAGUACCAUGACGAAGACGAAUUUCUAGCCUGUCCGAACCAUGUCACCCAGCGCUCCUACACAGAGGGAGAGGCCAUUGCAGGCUUACAAGCAGCCAUCCAAGCUUAUAUCAUCGUGCCAACCGAGUCAGAUGACCGAUUUCGUUUCGCUCAUGAUCGAUACGUGCAGGCUUCUUCAGCUUUAAAGGAGUGCAAUGCCCGAAAAAUGCACUUCAUUAUUUCACAGACUCUACUAAAAUACUACGCGGUAGAGGCUAGGCAACGCGACAGCACUGCUUCGCACAUUUGUAAGGCCGUCGAAAUUAUCAAGCGCCGUGUACGCUGUCGUAGGGAGUUCCGCAAACUGCUGAUGGAGUGCGCACGAGGUGCGACUGAGAACGGGGCCAGGCCUACGGCGGCGAAAUACUACAGUGCUGCAGCCAGGCUCUUACAGGAUGAUCCAUGGUCUGACGAUGUUGAAGACGCAUCUUACGACGAGACAAUCCAGCUUUAUCUUCGGUCGGCGGAGUGCCAUCUAUACAUGGCCGAGGUGACCGCGGCUGGAGAACUCCUUUCCAUAAUCUUCGCCAACGCCAAAAGCCCGGUAGAUAAGGCGCCGGCAUAUGUCCUGCAGUCGCGGAUAUAUGCUCAGAGCGGCAAUUCGCCAGCGGCAUUGGUUUCUCUGAAGGAGUCAUUGGCCUUGCUCGGCGUCUCGCUCGACGACGAACCGACGUAUGAAAAAUGCGACGAGAAAUUUCACAAGAUUGUUGCGCAGAUACAAGAUAUAGAUCGACAAGAACUAAUCACCCACAAGAAAUCAAGCGAUCCCGACAUUGCAUCCAUCGGUGCUGUGCUUGCCGAGGUAACCAAUGCAGCCUGGUGGAGCGACCGCUUACAGUUUUAUCAUCUCAGCCUGGCCAUGUUUGAUAUCUACCACGAUCGAGGCUCGUUUCCACAAUCCGGAAUGGUGUUUCUCAACCUGUCCGUUAUAGCACUGGCGCGUUUCAACAUGGUUUCGUUUGCCAUAGAUCUUAGCAUGGUCUCUCAGGACCUGCUCUUCCAGGCCCGCGAUGCCUACUCAUUGGCACGCGGUGAAAUGCUACAUCAAUGCUUCGUUGGACACAUACACUGCUCCAUGUCGCUGGCUAUUUCCCAGAUGGAGGACGCAAUCGAACUGGCGUCUGUUGCCGGCGACAGGAUGUCGACAAUCCACAGCUAUGGAUUGGCUGCGCAAAUCAAAUUCUUUGCGAGCGAAAACUGCACCGAACUUGAAACGUUUUGCGAACUAGCCUGCGAGGAGAUUUUUAGAUGGGCUUGUGAUAGUAGAGGUGGAGUGAUGCUCAUUGCUGUCAGACAAGCUUGCCGAGCGCUGCAAGGCAAGACGCGCGUCCAUAGUGCUCUGGAGAUCAUGACGGACGAAAAGCACAAUAGCGCAUCGUACAAAAACUGGAUAGUGGAACGAACAGGAGGCAGCAGCCGCCCUAUGCUUUUCUAUGAAAGCUUUGAAAUCGUCGUACUCUUCUUAUAUGGUCACUACGAUCGAGCCAUUGAGAUUGGAGAAAGAUGUUUUGAUCAACUCGCCGAUCUGUGGUCAGCAAGGAAUACGAGGAUGAUUAUUUUCUUCUAUGGGUUGGCUCUUGCUGGUCGUCUGCUUCGACAAAUGCAGGACCCGCGCAGUCAACCUGGAGAUUUCACUGAAGAGAUCGCGCAGCUUGUUGAGAAGCUCACUGGAUUUUUGAAAAUGAUUAACGAUUGGGCGACGGUGUCCAAUGUGAACUACUUUUCAUGGGUGAAGCUUUUGGAAGCACAAAUGGCAGAAUUGUCCGACCACCAUGGCGAAAGUGUCCAGGGCUACGAAGAGGCUCUGGAUCAUGCUGCCGAGCAUGACUUUGUGCUCGAGGAAGCUCUGGGCAAUUAUCUCAUGGCAGGCUUCUUUAUCCGACGUAAAGCACGGCGAUCUGCUCGGGCUGCUCUUCUUGAUGCUUUGAGCUCGUUUAGACAAAUGGCAGCUUCUGGUGUCGCCCAUGCCAUUGAGGAUGCGCAUUCUCUUCUCUUACACGGACCAACUAGGAAUCACCGUGUGGCCGAUAUGGGAGUGCAGACCGAUUUCGUCACCGAUGCGCCGUCGGUUCAGUAUCGACCCGUGGAUGGAGAGGAUGAUGACGCGCUGACCCAGAUUCCUUCUAAUGCUUUGACUGAGUCCAAGGGGGAGCAGAUUGGGGCCUGGAGAAACUCAAUGCACAUGCAGACGGAAGACAGUGGCGGACUCCCUGCUCUCGAUAUGAUCGAUUUGCAUGCGAUCCUCAAGUCUUCACAAGUCAUCUCAUCACUGCUACAGGUGGAAGAGCUGCUUAAGACCAUGUGUGAUGUGGUUCUGCAGACUUGCGGCGGCUCAGCUACCAACGCUGCUAUUGUGGUUGAUACUGACAGCGAUGGCUGGUGUGUAGCUGCCAGCGGCGACCCGGAGAAGGGAGCUUCGGCGCACAAACCAGCCUUGCCCCUCGCGAGCACGCCUUUGAUUGCCGAGAACGUUGUACUGUAUUGUACGCGAUUCAUGGAAAGCGUCUUUAUACCGGACAUCGUUUCCGAUGAGAGAUUUGGCAACGUUAGCGAGUCUUGGAUGCAAAGGAAUCCGACAAGUAAGGCCAUCAUUGCCAUUCCGAUUCGUCAUGCGAACAAGCCGCUGCUAGGCGUCUUGUAUCUCGAAGGCGUCCCAGGAUCCUUUACAGACCGCAACGUGACUGUUCUUCAGCUUCUGGUUAACCAAAUUGGCAUCAGCUACUCCAACGCUCUGUCGAUAAAGAACCUUGAAAAGAUUUCGGCCGAAAACCUUUCCAUGUUGGAUGUGCAGAGGGCCGCGCUGAAGAAGGCUCUCGAGGCGGAGACGAAGGCGAAGAUUGCGGAAGCGGAGGCAAAGCGAAACGUCAAACUGGCCGAAGAGGCUGCCAAGGCUAAAUCCAUCUUCCUGGCCAACGUCUCACAUGAAUUGCGGACACCUUUGAACGGAGUCAUUGGAAACUCGGAGCUUCUACGCGACAGCGACCUGAAUAAGGACCAGCUUGAAAUGGCAGAUUCGAUUAGGGUUUCGGCUGACCUUUUGCUCACUGUUAUCAACGACAUUCUCGACUUUUCCAAGAUGGAGGCAGAUAAGAUGAAGCUUUACAAUAUCGCCUUUAAUCCAGAAGAGAUGGUUAGGGAAGUCGUCCGGGCAGUUUCCUAUAGCAACCGGGAGAAGGCGUCCAAAAGGAAUGUCAAUAUCAUCCAGGAUAUUAACCUGCCUUCCAUGCUGAUCUACGGCGACCCGAUCCGCCUUCACCAGGUCCUCGGGAACCUCAUUGGCAAUAGCUUGAAAUUUACAGAAGAUGGAUCCAUCACCAUUGGCGCUCGUCUAGACGAGGAAACCGAGGAGAGGGCAACCCUGACUUUUUGGGUCCGAGAUACGGGAAUCGGCAUUCCACCCCAGCAAUUGGCCAAGCUAUUUCAACCAUUCAGUCAGGCGGACGCCAGCACGGCCAGAAAGUAUGGUGGAAGUGGCCUGGGGCUGAGUAUUUGCAAAUCACUCAUCGAGAUCAUGAUGCAGGGCAAGAUUCAACUCGAGAGUGAAGAAAACCUCGGCACAACUGCCUGGUACACGGCCAGGUCUGCUGCAUUCGUGGAGCGAGCGGCCUCUCCGAACCCCUAUCUUGACCUGACCCGGGUUCCCAAGAAAGACAUUCGCAUUUGCGUGGCAGAAGACAAUCCCAUCAACCAGAAGAUUGCCAUUCAAUAUGUACAGCGUCUGGGAUACACCAGCGUUAGUGCAUAUGAGAAUGGUUUGAAAGCGGUAGAGGGUCUCCGCCAAAAGGCCAGAGAGGGUAUCCCUUACCAUAUUGUUCUCAUGGAUGUCCAGAUGCCAGUCCUUGACGGAUACGAGGCCACCAAGCUCAUCCGAAAUGACCCAAUCGACGAGGUGCGCAAAAUCCUCGUAAUUGCCAUGACAGCAUCAGCAAUUCAAGGCGACCGAGAGAAAUGUCUGGCUGCUGGUAUGAACGAUUACCUUGCAAAGCCCGUUCGUGCCGAGGUACUCAAGCGGAAGCUGGAUGCAUAUAUGAGCAAUUCCAGGCCGAGCCCUCCAUCUUCUACCCCUUCUCCUCCUAACGCGUUGACAUAUGCGAAUACGACGAAUGGAUAUACCAGUGAAACAAAUUCCAUCGUGCCAAAAUUGCCACCACCCCCGAGAAAGCCCCUUCCUAGUAGCGCGUCCAGCACAAGUUCUGAGCCGUUGAUUCGGAAACCGGUUCCUAUCAGGUCGGGGUCGGGUUCACUGCACGAGUCCCUAUUCGACGGGCCUCACAACUCGGAGGAUUUGGAGCACGAGCACCCUGGAAGUCCCAUCUUUGACGUCGAAGAGCUGGAAACUCCGUACAGGGAUGAUUCAGUUGCCAGCCAAGCUGAUACAAAGAGCCCCUCAACAAGCAGGACCUCGAGCGAUCAGGAAUUCUCCGAUUCUGGGGCAAGGAGAGGGUCUGGCCCUGGGCAGAACCACCAGCCUCGAAAACUGAACAAGAGUCGAGGGAACAGCACCACCACCACCGAGGUCAAGAUGGAAAAUGGUGUUCACGAGAAGGGGCCUGUCGUCAGAGAGGCCUAG